UCGGCGUGCGCCUGCGCACCGGAGGCCGGAGGAGUCUUACCCUAAUGUAAGAUGGUGGCCCGUCUGGCUGUGGAACCCACCGAAAGCUGAGAGUCUCUCUCUCAGCCGUAAAGGUCGGACUCGCUGAAGCAAUCAGGCUCGGUUCUGAAGAGUUUUUCCCCCGACACUCGUUCAGUGGUCUCUUGUGAGGACGCGGCAGCGCGUGGAGUCGGCUAAGGGAAAAGCGAGGCAAGGCAGGCGGGUCUUCAAAGUUCUACAUUUUAGCUCUCAGUACUGAACUUCCUUCUCCCUUAAAUUAUUAUAAACUUUUGCUGCUGUUUAAUAAACGUGAAGAUGUCUCGAAGUCCUGAUGCUAAGGAAGACCCUGUGGAAUGCCCUCUUUGCAUGGAGCCCUUGGAGAUAGAUGAUAUCAACUUUUUCCCUUGUACCUGUGGCUACCAGAUUUGUCGAUUUUGUUGGCAUCGAAUUCGCACUGAUGAAAAUGGACUUUGUCCUGCAUGUAGAAAGCCAUAUCCAGAAGAUCCAGCAGUUUACAAACCCCUCUCCCAGGAAGAAUUACAAAGGAUAAAGAAUGAGAAAAAACAGAAACAAAAUGAGAGAAAACAGAAAAUAUCAGAAAAUCGCAAACAUUUGGCUAGUGUACGUGUUGUACAAAAAAACCUCGUCUUUGUUGUAGGUCUGUCCCAGCGCCUAGCUGACCCAGAGGUUUUAAAACGACCAGAAUAUUUUGGGAAGUUUGGUAAAAUACAUAAAGUUGUCAUCAAUAAUAGCACAUCAUAUGCAGGCUCACAGGGUCCAAGUGCCAGUGCUUACGUAACCUAUAUCCGGUCAGAAGAUGCUCUCAGAGCUAUACAGUGUGUCAAUAAUGUGGUGGUAGAUGGCCGAACACUUAAGGCAUCUCUAGGUACAACAAAAUACUGCAGUUACUUCUUAAAGAAUAUGCAGUGUCCAAAACCUGAUUGCAUGUAUCUACAUGAAUUGGGAGAUGAGGCAGCAAGCUUCACAAAAGAGGAAAUGCAGGCGGGUAAACACCAAGAAUAUGAACAGAAACUACUUCAAGAAUUAUAUAAAUUAAAUCCCAAUUUUCUUCAAUUAUCUACGGGUUCAGUUGAUAAAAAUAAGAACAAAGUGACACCACUGCAGAGGUAUGAUACCCCCAUUGAUAAACCUUCAGAUUCUCUCAGUAUAGGGAAUGGUGAUAAUUCCCAGCAGAUAUCUAACAGUGAUACGCCUUCACCACCACCUGGUUUAUCAAAAUCCAAUCCAGUCAUCCCCAUCAGUUCAUCCAAUCACAGUGCACGGUCCCCAUUUGAAGGGGCAGUAACAGAGUCACAGUCAUUAUUCUCAGACAAUUUUCGCCAUCCCAACCCUAUCCCAAGUGGGCUUCCUCCUUUUCCCAGCUCCCCACAGACAUCUAGUGACUGGCCUACAGCACCAGAGCCACAGAGUCUCUUCACAUCAGAAACAAUCCCAGUAUCAUCCUCCACAGACUGGCAAGCAGCAUUUGGCUUUGGUUCUUCUAAACAACCAGAGGAUGACUUGGGGUUUGAUCCCUUUGAUGUUACUCGAAAAGCCUUAGCAGACCUGAUUGAGAAGGAAUUGUCCGUCCAAGAUCAACCUUCCCUUUCACCCACAUCUCUUCAGAACUCCUCUUCACACACUACAACCGCCAAAGGUCCAGGCUCUGGAUUCCUACACCCUGCUGCACCGACAAAUGCCAACUCUCUUAAUAGUACCUUUUCAGUCUUGCCACAAAGAUUCCCUCAAUUUCAGCAGCACCGAGCAGUUUAUAAUUCCUUCAGUUUUCCAGGCCAGGCAGCCCGCUAUCCUUGGAUGGCCUUUCCACGCAAUAGCAUCAUGCACUUGAACCACACAGCAAACCCCACCUCAAAUAGUAAUUUCUUGGACUUGAAUCUCCCGCCACAGCACAACACAGGUCUGGGAGGGAUUCCUAUAGCAGGGGAAGAAGAGGUGAAGGUUUCGACCAUGCCACUGUCAGCCUCUUCCCAUUCAUUACAACAAGGACAGCARCCUACAAGUCUCCACACUACUGUGGCCUGACAACAGAACUGAGAGGAGAGGAUUAGACUCUGGGGUGCUUGCAUGGGCAACCGGAUUUUUGCAUGAUUCCUUUCUGAUUUUGCAUUUAAUGUAUACACCCAAAAGAGCCAAUAUAAACGUUCCUCAUGCCUACAACUAGUGUGUUACCUCAUAGUUGCUAAAGUAUUUCUUCAUUAGGCCUUUAACAUAAUUUAUUAGCAUAAUAAUUUUGGCAUUGUUUCUUAUGAGUGAUGCUAUUUUUAACUCAUAUGAAUAAACUUAUAAUACUAAUUAAGAUCCCAGAUGAGAUUAGCUAGAAUUGUUCUUAUUUUGGCUCUAUAACUGAAAAUAUACAAAGGUAAUGAUAGUUCUUUGUUUUCUGAUUUGUGAAAAAAAAUGGUAAUAUCCUAAUUUGAGAAUUGAGAUGAUAAUGUCUAUUGCAUUCUUUGAAUACUUGAGAAGAAAGAAUACAUAUAAAACAAACUUGGUUGGUGUCAUUUAAUGCUCAGAAGGAUGUUGUCAGCAAUUGUUUUCAGUUACCUAGAUUUAUAUCUUAUAUUAUGCAUUACAUGUGUAGAAACUGUUUUGUUCUCUCUCAUUUGCACAUUUGCACUUUAUUUUUGAAUGGUUGUUAAUUAUAAAAUAGAUGGUUAAAAGAUAAUUAUUAUGGCCUAAAUGCAAUAUAAUCUCUUUCCUAACGCACUGCCUAGUAUACCAGGAAAUGCCUCAAAAACACAAUUUCAACUUCUAAAUGAUUUAUCAGAAACUUGAAUGUGGGAUGAACAUUGUAUGUGAGUAGCCGCUAAAGUAGUAUAACAUUUUUAUUGAACAAAUAGUAGUUUGGUGGGAUAUUUGUUUGGAAAUUUCAUUGUUUAAUACCUGAAAUGUGGUAAUAAGUCUUUGUAAGUAUUUGACCUAAAUGAGACUUAAAGUAGAAGAGAAAAGUUUGGAUGUCCUCUAAAAUUAGUCCAUGUAAGUUGUAAAUGGAUAUUUUAGUGAAUCACAGAAAAUAGUGGAGUACUUUAUAGGAUAAUGUAAAGUGAUGUUUUUGAUAAUACAAAAUUUCUUGAAAUAGUUUUAAAACUGAUAAUAAAAGAAAACUGAACUCAGUUUGGAGCAGUGGACAAAAGCUGAUUUAGAAAACAUGAUCAUAUUCUGCCUAUGUGAAGCAGCAUCUGAGAAGAAAGGGAAAGUCAAAACAAUUGUGAUUUAACAACAACAACAAAAAAGUAUGCCUUAAUUUGUUUUAAAAAAAUACAAGAGGGGUGUCAUGAAUACCAAAAAGGCUAGAGAUUUUAAAUAAUAAAAUCUGCUUAUUAGUAGAUGAUGCUAUUGUUAUGUUGGAGUUGGAAUUUGGGGAUUAUACUCUAUGUAAGAUCUGAUUACUUUUUCUAGAUAUAGUGCAACAAAUUAAAUGGCCUUAUCCUGAAGUAUAGUUGGGUAAACCAAAAUCUAUACUUAAUAUCCUGAUAUUUGGUUACCUGAGGAUGCAGAAGGAACUAAUUAUCUAGCCAUCUAAGUUAUUUUUAUGAAACUCCACAUGAAUACCAAUUUCUAAUUUUCAUUUAGAAGUGGUUUUAAGCCAGCAUUUUAAGAAAAUCCAAUAAAAUACUGUAGACUUAUUAAACAUCAAUCUUUAAUUAUAGCUUAAUUUAAUUAUGAUUUUCAUUUUUGUUGUAAAAGACUAACACUUUGCCAAUUAUUUCCUGCGGAGCAAGUGGUCCUUCACUUUGUUAACAAAACAUGGGCUCCUUGUCAUGAUGCUUACCAGCUCAUAGCUUUCUCCAGCUUUCAAUGUAAGCUUUUCAUCUCUUGGAUCUUCUUACAAAGCCAUAGCAGGUGGUUAGCUCUUAUUUACUUACUUCUCAGUGUUGAGAGAGAUACCUGUUAAACAAGCCCCGUUUCCUGAUCUUUCUGUUUCUGUUUCUUUUUUCCAUUCAUAUUUGUAUAGAAAAGCUGUCUUGAAGUUUACCCAGACUUUCCCAGAGUCCUGAAUAGAUUCCCAAAGCAGUCCCUUUGCUGCUGCUCAUCUCUCCCUGCUUCCAGGCACACCACCAGUCAGGAAAGUGCUUCUUGAGAUAGUAAGACUCCAAUUUCCAAAUUUUUAUAAGGAAUGUCUAAAAGUGAUCCUUAAAUUCACUGAUGAAUUUCAAGACCACUUUGUAAGGCCUUAUCUUUUUGCUUACUUAAUAGUUUAUUUAAUAUGUUUCCUUAGAAGUAUUAAAAGUCAGCCAUAAUUUUAUGCUCAAGCACCAUUUCACCUGACUAGCAAAUUGUAACCAAAAUGAUGGUAAAGAAUGAGAAAUUCUAAAAAGCUUCAGGUUUGUUUCGGUCCAUCUUUUGCAAGGAAAAGUUUGUACACACACACACACACACACACACACACACACACAUACACACACAUUUGUACAUCCUUAACCUUUAUAAAGCGACUAGUCUUUUCCUAACACAGGAAUUUUAACCUGGAGUCCAGAACUCUGAAGCUACAAAAUUGUGGAUUUGUGUGCAUGUACACAUCUAUUCUUUUUUUUUUUGAGAGAAAGAGAGACAGACAAUCUUUAGUUACUAGAUUUAUAAGGGGUUUGUUGACACCCAUCUACACCUCAAAGAAAUAAAAAAGGGGGGGAUUAACUGUUGCCUUGAAAAGUUUUUGGUGCCACUGUAGAAAAUAGUCUUGCACUGAAAGAGUUUAGUUAUAUAAUAUCAAGUGCCUCUUUCUUGACUACAUUUUCUUAAAGAUCCCAUUAGAAAAACAAUGUUUUGAUUAGUAAUGCUUUCCUUCUUAUUCUACUGUUGCAUUGUGUUUUUCCAGGGGAUACUUUUGUGUAUUCUCCCCUUAUUUUCACAAAGCUUUAAUUAAAUAUUUGAGUACUGAUUUUGCGUAGUGACCUGAGCUAGAUCUUGAAGGAUACAAAGCUGAAUGAGAUAAAUGUACAUCCUGUUAUCAGGGAUGAGUCCAGUGGCAAUUGUAUUUUCACAUUGUUUUUAUCAGGUCAGCUCUUGAUAUGUUUUAAUCAGAAUAGUCAUAACAGUCCAGAUUCAUUUCAUUGUUCAUCUCUCAGUAACCUUUUUAACAAUGGCAACAAAGGAUAUUGAAUACUUUUAUUUCAAAUAUUUGAUAAUUUGUAGGAGGUGAAAAAAACCUUAAUAGGAAAAACAUAUAUUCGUUAUUUUUAUUUAAGUGUGUGUAUGCUCAUGUAUCUUUACUUAGUGUUCUGGGUAAUAACUGAAGCCUUCUAUAUACGUGUUGUGUUCCUUUAAAAAAAAAAAACUUUAAUGCAUUUGUCUGUGCACAUUUCUACUGACAUGGCUCCUAUUUGUAUCUUAUUCCAAGUACCUCCAAGAUUGCCAGAUCUUUCUUCUGCUGUGACACAGGCCCUUAGGAAGGUGGGAAGUACACCCACAGAGGCAUUGCUGCAGAAAGUCAAGAGAAAGGAACAGAUAGCUGUAUUGAAAUCUUACAAAAAUGAAGAUUAUUAUUUAUGCAGACAAACUGGGGUACCAUUUAUCCUAUGCUGAUUUGUAAUG